AUGUAUUUCUACCAUCUUAUACAGUACCAAAAAGAAGAAGAUCUAGAAGAAAAACAAGUAAAAAAGCAAACCAAACGAAAGAAAUCUUCCCCAUUCCUCUGCCCUCUCUCCUUCUCCUUGAAGAGGAAUAGGAAUACGAAUUUCUAUCAUCUCCUGAGUAUGUAUACAAGAUUUAGCCUCUAGGAUAUAGUUACAGUAGAAGGUUAGUGGUUUACUAAACUAAUCAAUCACCUAGCUUAUCUUAUCUUGUCUUUGUAAAGUUAAAUACCUAGAGUAUUAGACCUAGAUUAUGAGUUUAUACAGUAGUAUAUAGAUUAUGAAUUAUAAAUCAAUACUGUAAGUUAUACAGUAGUAUACUCUCACUCAUCCCCCCUUCCCCCUCCCCCCUUCCCCACUUCUUUAAUCAUCCAUACAGUCAUACUUUUACAGACUAUCGCAUACAUGCAAAUCUCUCCACCAACCAGCCUCGAGAUAUCUCACUACUUUACUGUACUGGUAAGUAUAUCCUAUCUAUCCAACCAUCCCCCUUUCUUCUUCCCUCUUCCCCCUUCAUUUUCCUCUUUGAAGAACUCGGAAUUCCCAUUCCCAUUCCCGUUCCGAUUUUGAUUUUGAUUUUAUUUCUAUUAUGUGAAGUUCUAUAG